AUGUCAGAUGCGUUGCCUUCUGGGCUGACCGAUGUCAGCACCGGUGGUGACUCCCUUACUUAUGACUUGAACGCCAGGUAUGACAAGGGUGACAUGGUCUGGAUUAUGGUGUCCGGAGUUUUGGUGUGGAUCAUGAUUCCAGGUGUGGGACUUUUGUACUCCGGUCUUGCCAGAAAGAAGCACGCUUUGUCGCUUCUGUGGGCCUCAAUGAUGGCUGUCUGCUUGGUGUCCUUCCAAUGGUUCUUCUGGGGUUACUCCUUGACCUUUGGUGUUGGAUCCUCCGUGUUCCUCGGUUCCCUUGAGAAUUUCUGUUUGAUGAAUGUUUUGGGUAACAACUUUGCUGCUGCCGCCGUUCCAGACAUUGUUUUCUGCUUUUUCCAAGGCAUGUUCGCCAUGAUCACUGGUUGCCUGAUGAUCGGUGGUGCCUGUGAGAGAGCCAGAUUGGGACCAAUGAUGGUGUUCCUCUUCUUGUGGAUGACCGUUGUUUACUGCCCAAUUGCCAUGUGGACUUGGAACGCUGAUGGCUGGUUGUACACUCUUGGUGCUCUUGACUUUGCUGGAGGUGGACCAGUCCACAUGUCUUCUGGUAUUGGAGCCCUGGCCUACGCCCUUAUCUGCGGUAAGAGACACGACCCUAUCACCGACUCUGGUAUUCCAAAAUACAGACCUCACAGUGUUACUUCGGUUGUUCUUGGAACUGUUUUCCUGUGGUUCGGUUGGUUUGGAUUUAACGGUGGUUCUUCUGGUAAUGCUACCAUCAGAGGAUUCUACGCCUGUGUCAACACCAACUUGGCUGCGGCUUGCGGUGGAUUGACCUGGAUGUUUGUGGACUACUUCCGUUGUGGCCGCAAAUGGACCACCGUCGGAAUGUGCUCUGGUGCUAUUGCCGGUUUGGUUGGAAUCACUCCAGCUGCAGGUUUUGUUCCAGUGUACUUCUCUGUUCCAAUUGGUGUCAUCACCGGUAUCGUGUGUAACUUUGCUGUUGACCUCAAGUCCAUCCUCCACAUUGACGAUGGUAUGGAUGUCUUUGCGCUCCAUGCCGUUGGUGGAUUCACUGGAUCUGUCCUGACUGGUCUGUUCGCUGCAGACUACGUUGCACAUUUGGACGGUUCCUCGAUCAUCGACGGUGGUUGGAUCAACCAGCACUACAAACAGUUGGGUUACCAGUUGGCUGCUGCCACCUCCACUCUCCUGUGGUCGUUUGUGGUGACCUCCAUCCUCCUGAUUGUGAUGAACAAGAUCCCAUUUCUCAAGCUCAGAUUGUCUGAAGAUGAGGAGGAGUUGGGAACUGACGCUGCCCAGAUCGGCGAGUUUACUUACCAAGAGUCCGAGAUGUACAUUCCAGAGCCAAUCAGAUCUGUCAAGUCCAUUGACCAACAAGUUGCUCCAGAGACCGAAUCCACCGGUGCUGAGAACUCCGCCGAGAAGGAAUAA